UUAAUUUAGUAAAUCUCUAAUUACACUUAAAUAGAGAAUAAUUGUUGAAAAUUUAAGUAAAUCUUUGUAAUCAUUUAAGUUAACUAUUUCAAUUUUCUGGAUAAACAGUUGAAACUAAUUAAAUGAAACCAUUGCAAUAUCUAGUGAUGAACCAUUGUAAUUGUUAGUGGUGGUAGUAUUUGGUGAUGAAUCAUUACAGUUUUUGGGGAAUGCUAUACCAAUAUAUGAUUCUUCGAAAGCAGUUAAUUCUUUAGUAAAGUAUAAUUCACAAAAAUACAAAUAAUAAAAAAGAAGAAGAAUGCAUGUGUAAUUUACCAAGAACAACAUGUUGGACAUGAUUCUUACAGUUGCUAUGCAAUCUUGUUUUGACUAUACAUAUAUUCUUACAUGGUUUCAAAUAAAUUAUGAGUAUCCUACUCAUCCUUAUAAAUUAUCUUAUCAGUUUAGUAAAUUAUUAUGUUUAAAUGCGUUUGCUUUUUAAUUAGUUUUAAAUAUAUUAAAUUGCAUUUCAAAUUUCAAAUAAAUUACAAAAAUAAUAAUAAGAUAUAUAUAUAUAUAUAUAUAUUAAUUGCUAUGUACAUAUUUAUAGUUUCUAAAUUUGUAAAACAAAUAUAAUUUUAGUGCAUAUAUAUAAAUAAACAUAGACAGGUGCAAUCUAUAUUGUUAGUUGAAAACAAAAAUAAACAGUUAAAAAUAUUAGUUAUAAAGUAUGAUAUAUAUAUAUAUAUAUAAUUUUAUAAAAUGAGUUCGCGUGCGACAUCGCACGGGUUCCUUACCUAGUAAUAAUAAUAUUUAACCCAAAUAAUGUAAGGAUCAGUCCUUUGCUGAGGAUUAAAAUGUGUUGAUCCUUAUUGACCUGGCACAUCAAUUUUAUCCAUAAGUGAAGGAUUUCUUUUCUCCUCCAUUACUCUCCUCCUCUUCUCCGCUGUGCCACCACCGCCCCGUACAUCCCAGAUCUCUCUUUCCGCAACCACCGCCUCCUUUUACACCUGCGCCGAAGAACCAUCAAAAUUGCGCCAGAUUCCGCAGAGACUUUCGGCGACUCCGUCGCUCUACGAGAUCCUCGAAAUCCCCGUCGGCUCGACCAGCCAGGUGAUCAAAUUGGCUUACCGGCGGCUAGCCAGGAUCUGCCACCCCGACGUGGCUGGAAACCGUCGAAAUUGCUCGUCAGCUCACGCUUUCAUGAAGAUUCACGUGGCGUAUUGCACUCUUUCUGAUCCCGAGAAACGCGCCAUUUAUGAUCGGAGGAUCCUUUGCAGGCGCCGGCGUUAAUUUUUUUUUCUUAAUAUCUCACAUAUUUUCAAAUUUAUUUUUUAUUUUAUUUUUAAGGAUUCCUAAUUGGAUAACAACAUUGGACAUACUAAUUUGAUUAGAGUCUUUAACUAUUUAAAAAAAAAUACUAUAAUAUUCCUAAGGAUUCCAAUGGUGUGAGUACACCAUUGGAGAAGCUUCCCACUUUCACUACUGGUACAUAAACAUCGUAUUGAUGUCAACAUUUUGUUAUUUACCUUGUCUUUGGUUGUGUAGCAAAAGAGAGUAAGGGCUAAAUGAGCCUAUGGUGUAAUGGACUAACAAGAAACAUGCAUGGCCUACCCACGCAGCAUCUCAGUCAUUAGUUAUCCCAUGACUGGACCUGUUAAUCAACACAAUGUCCAAACUCAUGGCAGUGCACCCAUAUUUGGUGAUGCUAAUUAUUAUAAUAAGUAAACAGUGAAUAGAGACAUAAGAAGGGUGUAGUUAUCACGUUAAGACUUACCUGUCCACCAAUCUGUCACUCUUUAUUUUACACUAUUUCUUUAUUCUUUAUUAUUCCCCUUCUUAUAUAAUUCAUUCACUCUCCUCCAUCUCUCUCGCUUUCUCUCUCUUUCUCUGGCCUCUCUCUCUCUCUCUCAGAACUUACACACGAUCCAAUGACAACGACCAACAACGUGAACGGAUGUUUUGGAGACACAAAGCUGACCAAAGUGUUUGUAGGAGGAUUGGCUUGGGACACUAACAAAGAAGCAAUGCAUGAUCAUUUCAUCAAGUACGGUGAUAUCUUGGAGGCAGUCAUCAUCUCCGACAAACUCACUCGCCGUUCCAAAGGCUACGGCUUUGUGACUUUCAAAGAUGCGGAAGCCGCGAAGAGGGCUUGUGAAGACUCGACUCCGAUCAUCAAUGGCCGCCGUGCCAACUGCAAUCUUGCUUCCCUCGGUGGCCGCCUUCGUAGAUCUCCCACCGUGGCCUCCCCUCAACAAGGAUCUAAGCACGUGGGUAGGCCCAUGUCAGGACAUGUAGGGAACAAUCAAGCUCAAUGGUACUACCCUGCGGGAUUCGCACACCAGCAACAUCAACAACACCAUCAUCAGACCGUUCCUUUCUAUGGGUACCCUUCCUCCUAUGUCGCCCCGAACAUGACCUUCAAUCAAAAAGUUGGAUACGUUGGAGGCACCUAUAUGAACGGAUACUAUGCACAACCGCAACCACAAUCGCUACCACUGCCACAACCACAAUAUUACCACCACCAUCACAUGUAUGGUGGAGGAAGAGUAAUGGUUGGGGCAAACCCGAUGAUGCCUCUCUACACUGUCUAUCCUUAUCAUCAAUCUCACGCCAUAGGUUUUCCUCAACCCUCUUAUACGAAACCCAUAUCAGGUACAGUUGGAGGAGGAGGAGAUAGCAUAAUGAAGAAAGCCAUAAGUUGAUGGGCUACACAACAAGUUGUUGACCAAACGAUUCAGCCCAAGAAUAUUCAUUUUCUCCAGCUCACAAUGUUUAUUUUUAAUAUAGAGACAAAUCAUUGUUAAACUAAUUCCUUUACAUUUCAUAAUUUAUUCAUUAAAACUAUUUACUAGAUUUUCUUUAAAAAUAAUUAAGGUCACUCUAAGGUCUUAUUUUAUUUUAAGAUAAUUAUAUCUAGUUUUAAAAUAUCAUAAAUCUUAUUUUAUUUUUUAAAAAAUUAUGUGUAAAACUUGAGUUUAUAAAACAAAUUUGAACUAUUUAUGAGAUAUAAAAAUUUUAAGGAUUAAAACGAUAAAUAAAAAAUAUUUAAUAAUUAUAAAUGUGAUGUGUAAUUAAUGUAAGGACCAAAAUGCAAAAAAAAAAAACUUUAAGUUUGAAAUUUUGAAGAGUCUUCGAAAUUCUAAAUUUGAAAUUUAUUUUUUUAAGAGCAAAAAUUUUCAUAUCUGAAGUUAUAAAGUUUCUUUUGGAAAUGUUUUAAGUGUGGUGCAGUAACGAGAACGUUGUUGUAUAUCAGAAUUUGCUGCUGGCUUUUUCGUAGAUUUUUGAAACUCAAAACUCAAAAGCUUCACAGCCAUUUUUACUCCCGAAAAGGCAAGCAGUAAAAGAGAGGUAGACCCUCCAAUUCUACUGCAGGAGGAACCGAAUCAUUUGAGUUGGAGGAAAUUAAUGACACAUACUGGACUGACAGGAUGAUCUAUAAUGGUGGUGAAGAGCAAAUACCACCUAAUGAAAAAGAAAACUAUCAAGUUGUGCCGGUUGAGUUGAAACCUGCUCACGUUAAAAGAACUGGUCGACCAUACAGAAGACGGCAAUCACUGAAUCACAGAUCAUUAGUCCUCUUUCUCCAGCGUCAGGAAAACCAGUGGACUCUGAUGAGAGUGCACCAGCUGAGCAUAUAAUGAACUUCUCUGAAACGGAUACAAUACCUGCUGAGAAGAGCAUGAGUAAAAUGUUCAGGCAUUUUAGACCAAUAAAGGAUUCAAAGACUGAACACGGAGAAAAAACGGGCAAGAGUAGUUUUUAGCUGUAGUUUUGCUUCAAGUAAAAAUGCUUUAUCGCCCUCUCUGUGUUUUAACUUCUUGUGUACCGCUUCCAAUAUUUUCGUUCAUGCUCGAAUAUUUACAUAAUAUAGCCCACUGGUGUGAAGGUUGAUGUGUUGUUCAUAGCUAGGGUCAAGGUGUAAACCUUUUCACACAUGUAUAGUGUUAGACUGAGAAGAACUGGCCAUAGAUCAUAGAUUCAUAGUAAGCCUUGGUAGAGUCAAGCUAGGAAGUUUAAGACAACACAUACAUAGGAUGUGUGUUUGUUCGGGUGAUUUGUAGCUUUAUAUAUAAAAUAAUUAGAUGACUUGCCGCGAUAUCGGGAGAUGAUAUUAUUUAAAUACACUUGUAAUAAAUAAGUUGUGUAUAUUUUUGAAUUUACAAUAAUUUUGAUAAAUUAAAUAUGUUGAUAAAAAUCGAUAGAAAAAUUCUAAUUGGUUAGUAAUGAAAGAAUAACAUUAAAUUUUAUUUCAUUAUAUUGAUCAUCUUAACAUAUGUAUCUCAUAAUUAUGAAAAAAAAAUUAUAAAGAGAAACUACCAUAUGAAUUUUUUUUUGUUUUUGAAACUGACUACCAUAUAUGAGUUAUAAUAUAUAUCUAAUAUUUAAGUUUGAAAAGAAUAUAUUAUGUUUUUUUUUUCAGAAAGACUGAAGAACAAUAAUAAAAUUAUGAACACUUAAUAUAUUUAUAUAUGAUAGAGUUUCCACUAAUUAAAAUCUCUUACAAAAUUAUUAGUAACAUGAAAAAUAAGCAAAUUUACCUAAAACUAUGGCGAACAUGAUAAAUAAGCAAAAUCACUUCGCAAAUAAUAGUAUAGAUAUCACAAAUACACCAAACUACACUUUCUCGUUGGCGGCAAUUAUGUAUUUAAAAAUUGGAGAAGAUACCUUAAAUACACCUCAAGCUAAAAAUAUUCUAGUAUGUAAACUAUCUUUCCUAAAGUACAUAUUUACAAUAUGACAUACUUUCCAAAACUCUAAUUACAUUAGACAUUUUGACCAAACAAUGUACUCCACAUGCUUAAAAUAUUUUCAUUGGAGUCGUAGAAAGUAUGUCAUAGUGUAAUUCUGUCAACUACCAACCGAAGUAACAAGUGUUAUUGAAAAAUAAUAAUAUCGAGUCUGUGUGUUCAGAUAACUCUGAAUUUAUAUAAGACUAGAGGCAUAGCCCCCGCGCAAGCGCGGAGCCGUGUACAUUGAUGCGUUUUGUAGAUUUGUAUAAAGAAUUUUGUCGUUUGUUUUUUCUUUGUUUUUGAACUUUUGUUUUUUUAUCUAUAAUAGUGAUGAAUGUAAUAGUGGAAGGCACACAACUUGAUUAGGUUGAUAUUAGAAUAACCGGUAUUUUUUUAUGUGUUCUUGGUAAUGAUUUGAUCAACCAUCAGUAUUUUUAUCGCUUCCAUAUUCAAAUGCCAAAGUUCCUUGGAUUGAUUAAUGUGUACUUAGAUAGUGGCUAGUAUAUCAUUGAAAAUAGUGUAAGGUAAAAGAUAUAAAAUUUGGUUUUAAAAAAUAGCAAAUUAUACGAACAUAAAUUAAUUAUUUUACCCCGAAUUAAUUUUAAAAUAUAGAAUUCUAAUAAACUUGUUUUAAAAAAUUUAAGAACUCUAGAGAUUUAUAAAAUUAUAUAGUUACAAAAUUAAAAAAUUAGUGGUUUUUGCUGGACUUUGUUAAAAAUGUGGUGGAAAAAAAAUUUGGAAUAGAUUGAACAAAAAAUAGAAUUUGAUAUAGUUUAUGACCUAAUAUAAUGAUCAAAUAAAAUCUGGGUUUUAAUGGUAUAGUUGUGUGUUUUCAUAUUUGUCUUUUCAUUGUCUGGUGUUGAAAGUAAUUAAACACUAAAAUAUAUAUCUAAUACAAAUAAAGUAGUAACAUGUUGCUUUGUAACAUAUUUCCUGUCAGUGCUAACACAAAUGCAAAUAACAUGUUUUUUUUAUCUUUUGGCUAAUUAAAACUCUUAAACUCCAAAGAGCAAAAAAAUCCUUGUCUUGUUGUCGUCAGUGGGAUAGCUUCUGUUAAACUAUUCAGAUUUGUCUAUUUCUUUUUAUUCGUAUACUCUGUUUUCAGUUUUCUCUUGUGCAAGAACAUGUUCUUCUCAACCUGAGACAACUUGAAUGGACUUAAUGACAUCACCAACUUUAACAGCCAUAAAAUCUUCAUUUUGAGUAACGUAGCCGAAGAUAGCGUAACGACCGUCCAAGAUGUUGGAAUUGCUUGGCGUCAGCUCACUCACUUUCAGCACCAAAAACACUUGGCUCGAUCCUGGUCAUUCUCAAACUCCUGUUCUGCAUUACAUAUAAUUUGAAUAUAUAUUGUGGGGAAAGUUUGAUGUCUUACAUCUCUGGAUCUCCAUGCCAUCGUAGAAAUGGCGCUCCACCAAGUCCACAAAGUUUCCGGCGGUAACAGGGGCGUUAUAGCCAUCGAGGACACUACAGAAAACACAAUCCUCAAGGUUGGGGGUUGUCCUUGAUCUUGACAUUCAUGUACACAGUGGCUCUUCCCUUGAUAAGAUGCAUGUUUAUAUACUCUGCAGGGACUUCAUAAGGGAAGCCAUCGACCAUGUCCUCUUCUAUUCUGCAGAGCGCCACAGGACAGGAAGAUCUCAGCUGCAGUCAUCAAGAAGGGUCUAAAUGAGCAAAUAUAUCAGCUUCCUUACUAAUCCAAAACCAUAUUGGUUUUUUUUAUCUCUCAUGCAUUACACCUUUGAGUAAACUCAUCCACCAACAUAUUGGAGAAUCUCUUUCUCUUUAGGAGCAACCACAUCUCUCUUCCAAUCUUCGACAAUCUGUCGCAUAUCUUGCACACUACUUUUGAAUCAGUUCGUAACCAUGAUCCUUCUUCGCCUCAGCAAAACCCGCCACAAUCAUGCUUUUCCCUUGCUGCAAUGAUCCACUUGCUUGUCUCACAUUCUACAACAACAACAACAAUGGAAAAAAAAUGCAGACUUGCAUACAUUCUUAUAAUAGAUCAUACUUGCUCUUCAUAGCAGAUUAACUAACUGACUUUAAUCAUGCUUACUUACACCUAAUCCAUACUUCUAGCCUUUAGACAAAUCUUGCAAGCAAUUAAAACACUGUUCUAACAACUUUUCUCAGACCACUCUCUGAUCAUCUCCUAGUUUGACUUACUCAGUUUAAUUAUUAACUAACCUCUUAAGAUGACUAACGACUCUUUAGAGAUGUAAUGCAAGGUUGCCUCCUUCUUUGACUCUAAGUUAACUUUUUCUUUUUCUUUCUCUUUCACUUAAGACUUUGAUUCUCUUCUUCUCUGCCCAUUGUCUUCACUCUUUCUUGUUUGCAGGGUUUAUAUCUCGUAAUCAAUUCUAAACAGCUUUUUCUUAGGAGAUCCAACCAAGUUUAGAAACCCCAAAACUGAAAUCUCACGGCACAACUGAAAUCAAAAAGUCAUCCAACUUUUUUGGAAGGGAAAGUGGUCAGACAUAUUUUUCUUAAGUAAGAAAUACCAAAAACAUGAGAAGAUGUUUAAAUUAGGGACUGACCUGUCUUGAUUGAACACUUUAGUUUGUGACAGAGCUGUAGAGAACACCAGACUAUAAGACAAAAACAAAACCGAAUGGGAAACAAUUAUCUCUCUUUCACUCUGACUCUCUUCCACAUAUUACUCCUCUUAUGCAAAACUCCUAGUGAGGAAAUAGACCACAAGUCUAGUCAUUGCUUCACCGUUCUUAAGGUCAGAACCUUGCACAUGACGAAUUUGGCCAAGAUUUGCCAUUUGAUAAAGAGCUUCACAAUUAAUAACGAAAUCAUAUAUAAAUUUCUAAAAUAUAAAUUAGCAAACGUAAAUGAAAAAGCAGGCAGUUUUGAGUUCGUGUUUGCAAGAGAUUGAAGAUGUCAAACUUCCUAAUCAUUGUUCUAAAUUUCAUCUAUAGCAGGAAUGGAUCUGUGGAUCACUAAAUUCUGUUGGAAGAGUAAAAUCAUGUCUUUCAAAAAAAAAACAGUGAUCGAAAAAUAUGAUGCUCGAUAGUAUAAGACGACAAUACCUUUUCUGCAAGGAUAAGGAGAGUGAUUCCAUAAAUUUUCAUUUUGCUUGAUGUUUCGCGAGUCCAAGAAAAGGAAGAGGAGGCGACCAACGACAGCAUCAGACGGAAGUAUUUCAAAAGAGGAUUUUAGAUUUUUGAGAGAAAAUAAAUUGAGAAAGCGUGUUGGUGAUGCUUGAUUCCAUUUUCCACCUCUCCGAUUUAUAGUAUCUGAGGUAAGGAAGCGACAGAGUUGAAGACAUAGGGGAGGUCGAAAGUUGAAAGGAAGGAGACGGCAAAAAGAUAUUAGAUUCAAGCCUAUCUGACGUGUCAAAAUAAAAUGUUGUGAUUGGAAGAAUAUUUUUAGUGACGUGGAUAGCCUAGAAUUUCAGAAUAUCUUACUUUUAGUAUUGUGAUAUGCUGAUUUGAGUCCUUGAUUGAAUGUUGGACAUUCUACGGUCAUAUUUAAGUUAAAUUUUAUCUUUUUUUUCUCAAAUCUUUUGUUGUUGUGAUGAUUGAAAAAUAAAGUUUAUUGUCUUAGAAUAAGUCAUAUUAUCGAUUGGUUUAUUGUCUAAACCAGUUUUGGAUUGGUUUAAGUUUGUUGUCGAUUAGAGUAAGUCUUCCUAGUUUAUAGGAAGCUCAGUAUUUUCAGGGUUUUAGUUGUAGCUUAAUCUAUUUAAUAUAGUUUGUAAUCGUGAUAUUUUUAAAUAAGAAAACAAAGCAUUUCAGAAACACUUGUUCUCUUGUUUUGUGUUCCUAUGUUCCAACAAUGAUAUGGUACAAUAAGAUAGUUUGACAGUUAGAUUUUGUUUGAUUAUUAUUUCGUUUACAUUUGUUGAUUUGGUUUCUAAGUAAGUUUGUUUACUCUUUGUAACUUUGCUGAUAGUCAGGAUCCUUUGUGGAUUCCUCCAUCAAAAUUUCAUACUCAUAUUUCCCUGCAAACACUUAUUUCAUCGUUGAAUUGGUUUCCCCCAUCACGAGCUUCCAAAUUCAGACCCAUCUUCCCUCGCAAAUAUAUAUUCAACAAAUUUUUGAUUUAAAUGUAAAUUUUUGUAUUUAAACCUAAACUAUUUAGUUAGAUACACAAUUAAAUUAAUCACUUUUUUGUUGGACAUUUUAUUGGUUUUACUUUAACUAAAUUCCUAUUAUUUGCUAAGUAGCUUUUUACUGUCUAUGUGAAAUUCAUAUCUUUAAAAGUAUAAUUAUUCGUUUAAUAAGUCAAUAGAUUGCUUGUACAGAAAUUUCUUUCAAGAUUAAAGAACAGUGAUGUUUAUCUAAUUUGAUUGAUUUGACUUUAGUUUAGUGGUCUUAGAGUUAUUUCUGUUAAUAUAAUGUUAGAAAAAAAAAUUAGAUGCUAGAUAUCCCUCAAAAAAUUUAAGAAUUUAUUUUAUGGUGGUUCCUCAAUUCACUCUUGUUGUAAAAAGUUUUAACAGUGAAGUAAGUGAUAUUUUCAUAAGAGAUAGCUUGAUUUUUCCUUUAUGGAAA